UAUCUCUGGAGGUAAUUCGUCAUUCGAAUUGUGCAAAACGUUUAAAACUCUCUUCGGAUGAAUCCAAAGAGCUAUCACGUCGCAAUAUAUCUGAGCUUCCUGUAAAGUAUUCUAAAAAGCCUAUUUUUCAUAAUACUUAUUGCAAUAUUAUCUCGUGUAUUAAAGUUUUAUAUUUUAUCUUUGCAGGAUGAAAUAUUACUAAUGAUAUUAAAAAACUUGGAUCUGAUGACGUUACGUCGCUUGAAUUAUGUAAAUAGACGCUUCAAUGAUUUGAUACGAGACCCACGACUCUAUACACGUUUAAAUAUACACUGUUCACCUUCCGCAGAGUAUUUUGAUAAUUUUCGGCUAAAUAUAGCAACACGCGAUAUGAGCAAUAUAUUUUGUUACUUUAAAUCUAGAUGUAAAUAUUUGCAGCAGUUAGAUCUUACAAAAAGUAUAUUUAGUGUUGAAGAUUUUAACAACUUUCUUGAUAAUUGUGGUAGGCGUUUAACGCACUUAAGAUUAGGAUACUGCCAUUCUAUCCAUAAUCUUGCCCUACUUAAAAUUUCAGAGAUAUGUGUAAAUUUGAAAGGUAUAUAUAUACAUAUAAAGUAUAUGAAACAUGUGAUUGUGUCGGGAUUAUUGGUGAAUUGUAUAUGCCCAACACAUAUCUCUUUUUAGAAUUGAAUCUUGAUUAUUGUCAUGGCAUAGACGACAAAGGAUUUUCGUAUCUCGAGAAAUUAAAUGGUUUGGAACAUUUAAACCUUCGUAAUACAAGUAUAAAAACUGAACGCCUUUACAAAAUACUGCAAAAAAAUCAACGGAUGCGUGAGGUCAAUUUUAAACUUUUAGUCUGUAUGAGAAAUACAGCUUUAAUACAGUUUAUAAAUUUGUGUCCUAACCUGGAAGUAAUACGUUUAGAGAACUUUAUUAAUUAUACAUCGCAGGAUAUUGACGUUUUCGCUGACUGUAAGAAUUUACGAAAAGUAUAUCUUCCCCGAUUUCAAUGUCCAAUUGCUGAUUACUCCAAUCGCUUGCACAGAUUACUUCCUUCCUGGCAACGUCUGGAAUUAUUUGCUUUAUGCUGUAUUGUCCUCACUGAUCACAAUUUGAAAUUAUUAACGCAGUGCAAAAACUUAAAACAGUUACAACUUUAUUGGGUGAAACUUGUUACACCUGAUAAGUGUUUUACCAUUUUGGAACAAUGUCCAAAACUGCAAGAGUUUCGUCUCAUACAUUGUAACAUUAACGAUUGUUUGAUUAACGAAUGGAAGGAAAGAUAUCCGCAUGUGUCCAUCUGUACACUUGAAUGAUGAUUUGAAUAGUUUUGUUAACCUAU